UACGAAGGGCAAAAAAGUUAAGAACUUUCUUCAAUUUUUUUUUUAAAUUAAAAAAAAAAAAGUGUUGCUCCACUUACCUUUUGCUGUGUUGUGAUCCUACACAAACAAUCUAAUUCGCCCGGUUCGCUUGACGUUCCCGAGAAAUCAGCUUCAAACUCCAAUCCCUCUCAUUUUCUCUCCUCAACUUGCUUUCACAGAAACACACAGAAGAGACUCAGUUUUCUUCUGCUACAAAACGAGGUGGGAAGAAAGUGCAAAGUGUACGACGUCGCCAAAAUUGGCGAGAAUCAGAGAAUUUGAGAAUGGUUUCCUAUGUGAACAUUUUUCUAUACGGAGUUGGGGGGUUAGUGGUGGCCGGCAUGGCAUUGCUGGUCGCAUUGCAGGAGAAGCUUGUGUACGUGCCCGUCGUGCCUGGCCUCACCAGGUCCUACCCCAUCACUCCCGCUCGCCUCAGGCUCAACUACGAGGACAUCUGGCUCAGAUCCUCCGAUGGUGUGCGUCUUCACGCCUGGUUCAUCAAGCUGUUCCCUGAGUGCCGAGGUCCAACCAUUUUGUUUUUCCAAGAAAAUGCUGGAAAUAUUGCUCAUCGUCUUGAAAUGGUGCGCAUAAUGUUGCAGCGGUUAAAUUGCAAUAUUUUCAUGCUUUCAUACCGAGGUUAUGGAGCGAGUGAUGGCUAUCCUUCUCAGCAUGGUAUCACUAUGGAUGCUCAGGCUGCAUUGGACCAUCUUUCUCAAAGGACUGAUAUUGACGCAUCUAGAAUAGUUGUUUUUGGAAGGUCACUAGGAGGUGCAGUUGGAGCUGUACUAACAAAAAAUAACCCUGAUAAGGUUGCUGCACUGAUACUGGAAAAUACUUUCACAUCAAUAUUGGAUAUGGCUGGUGUUUUAUUACCUUUUUUGAAGUGGUUUAUUGGAGGAAGCAGUUCUAAGGGCCUUAAAAUUCUCAACUGUCUUGUACGCUCUCCAUGGAAUACUGCUGAGAUUGUUGGCCAGGUUAAGCAACCCAUCCUUUUUCUCUCUGGGUUGCAAGAUGAGAUGAUCCCACCAUCACAUAUGCAAGUUCUUUAUGCCAAGGCAGCUGCUCGUAACAGUCUGUGUCUCUUUGUGGAAUUUCCUACUGGCAUGCAUAUGGACACGUGGCUGGCUGGUGGUGAUAACUACUGGAAAACAAUUCAGGACUUCCUUGAACAGCAUGCUCCAGAGAAAAAGGAAAGCAGUUCAUCUAUAGACAAUAACGAUAUUGGGGCGAGGUGAUUGGCUAUAAGUAGAUUAUUUCGAUGAUGGUAAUUCGCUAACUAAGGAUUCAAACAGUGUCUUCCCUAUGAAGUUACACCCACCUCGAGCUCUGUGACACGGAUGCCUGCCAUGUGGAACUGUUGCUCCCAGUCAGACAUUUUCAUGGCACAAUUUGGAUUGUGGUUUACAGAACUUGGAUGAGGCAAUUUGUGAUUCCCUUUUCCUUAAUGUACUGCUACCUGAUUGAUUCUGGAUACCUGAUGAACUCUGACAUCACAUAUAUUAUAUAUGAAGUUUUGCCAAAGCUAA